ACAGAUUGAGAUAAUUUUCAGUAUGUUACUUGAAUUCAACUAGUGUUGUGAUUGCAAUAUUUAUUUGCGUGUGCAUUUUAUAAAAGUGCUUUCACCGUAUUCUUAAGUGAUUAAACAUUUCUGUGUUUGAAUAAAGGCUUGUUUUUGUUUAAAGUUUUAGUUCAAUUUGUGCUUCAUUAUGGAACGAUCCAUUCUUGCUAAAAUGGAAGCCAUCGCUGAUCGUUUGCAACCCCAAGCAAGCGCUACUUCAUUGACUGCUGAUGGUCAACCUGAACCAGAUGCGAUCAAAAUGUUUGUUGGUCAAAUACCACGAUCAUGGGGUGAGAGUGAUUUAACCAAACUUUUUGAGGAAUAUGGACCUGUUUAUCAAGUCACCGUUCUCAGGGAUAAGGCUACACUUACAAGCCGAGGUAAGUGA